AUGUCACCACCAACACAAACGCCAAAACCAUCAUCCUCCCAACAAUCCCAGAGCCUCAGCGUCAUCGCCCUAAUCUCAGGCGGGAAGGACUCCCUCUACUCAAUCCUGCACUGCAUCCGCAACGGCCAUAAAGUCGUCGCUUUGGCGAAUCUCCACCCGCCACCACUUGCCAGCAGCAGCAGCAAUGAUCCCACACAAACAGAAACACAAACAGAGCAAGACGACAUCGACAGCUUCAUGUACCAAACGAUCGGAUGGAACGUGAUCCCUCUUUACGAAGCAGCACUUGGCAUCCCGCUCUAUCGCGCGCCGAUUGUCGGCGGCGCCGUUGACUCGGGGAGGGUCUAUGGUGAUUCAACUUCAACUUCCACUCCAACUUCUAAUCCUGGUAGUGGUACUACUGGAACGAAGGAAGAGGAGGACGAAACAGAAUCACUCAUCCCGCUCCUGAACAAAGUGAAAGCCGCGCACCCGGAGGCGAAUGCAGUCUGCGCGGGCGCGAUCUUGUCCACGUACCAACGCACCAGGAUCGAGGAUGUUGCGGGGCGACUGGGGCUGACGCCGCUGGCUUGGUUGUGGAUGUAUCCGUUUCUACCGGCGCCUGUGGAGCGGGAGGUAUCUGGGGAAGGGGAUGAGGCGGGGCUGCUGGCUGAUAUGGCGGCGGUGGGUUGUUCGGCGCGGAUAGUCAAAGUUGCGUCAGGGGCGUUGGAUGAGGGGUUUCUGUGGGGGGAUGUUGCGGAUGGGAGUGGGGCGUUGAGGAGGAGGAUUGUGAAGGGGGUAAGGAAGUUUGCUGUGGAUUUGGAUGAGGAUAUUCGGGGUGCGGUUUUGGGGGAGGGCGGGGAGUAUGAGACACUUGCGGUUGAUGGGCCGGAGUUUCUGUGGAAGGGGAGGAUUGAGGUUGGUGAGGAGGGAAGGGAGGUCAGGGCUGGUGAAGGGGGUGUUGGGUAUUUGAGGUUGGAGAGGGCAAGGGUUGUGGAUAAGGAUGGUGGUGAUGGUGAUGGGGUUGGGCCCGGGGAUGUAAGGAGGCCUACGAUUCUGGAUGAGGAGUUUGUUGGUGCAUUGGCUGGGCUCUGGGAAGGGAAUGGGAAUGAGAGUGAUGAUGGCGUGGUUUCGAGGGCCACGGAGAAAGGCUCAUGGAUCUUUACAGAGCCGGUUCAGUCUUUUAGUGGGGGUAUCUGGACGGUGUCCAAUAUCACAGCGCCUGAGGCUGGUCCUGGCGCUGCCGAGCAGAUGGAAGCGAUUGUGAAAAAGAUCCGAGCCGUUCUGGAUACCCAAGCCCAAGAUGAAGCCAGCCCUCGAACAACGGCUGAUAUCGUUUUCACUACGGUUUUGCUUCGCUCAAUGGCUGAUUUCCCCUCGAUGAACGGUAUCUACGUCUCUCUAUUCACGAAACCAAACCCUCCAGCAAGAGCCACAGUGGCUUGUGGUGACAGUCUGCCCGAGGGGGUAAACGUGAUGGUUUCGAUGGUCGUGGAUCUAGGCCCGAGGGCUCAACGCAGUGGUUUACAUGUCCAAUCGCGAUCUUACUGGGCCCCGGCCAAUAUCGGGCCCUAUUCGCAGGCCAUGUCUGUGCCUCUACAGGGUACGGAAAGGGUGAUAUACAUUGCGGGACAGAUCCCUCUGGAGCCAGCCUCUAUGGAGUUGGUUGAAAGCUCUUCAGCGGAACCAUAUUGGGCUGAGACGUAUAGUCUACGAGCUAUCCUGUCACUGCAACACAUGUGGCGGAUAGGCACAACUAUGGAGGUUGGUUGGUGGUUGGGAGCUGUUGCUUUCUUCACUGGGACAGACCACAUCAAGGUCAGGGCUCAGCUUGCAUGGAAACUUUGGCAGAAAUUGCAUGACCCAAAGGACCGAGAAUCGGACGAAGAGGAGUCAGCGCUAGACGUCUGGGACAUUAAGUAUGGGCGCAGAGGGCACGAGCAGUCCAGACCCAUUGCGCGUCCCCAGAUUCCCAACUUUGACAUCGUGGAGGCGGAGGACUCCAAGAACCGAGUACCCGCCUUUUUUGCAGUCCAGGUCCACGAACUCCCGAGAAACAGCGAUAUUGAAUGGCAGGGACUCGGCUACCGCUGUGAGGGGGUGAGACUAACCAGGACUGAAACAGAGUUUGGGCGCACGGUUGAAGCCACAACAACCGAAAACCAAAGAUAUUCGUGCAUUGAGAUUGAUAGCGAAGCGGACCUCCAAACGCAGAUACAGCGCGUAUCGGAGGUAUACGCAGCGCAAGCCCAGUCGGGAGCGUUCCACUGCGUUAUCUACAGCAGCCAACCUCUACCCCAAGACUGCUCCCAUGGACAAGUAAUCCCGUGCAAGUCGGUCUGGGGCGCAGAUGGGCGCCGACUGGCAGCGGGCGCCGCAAUCCGCCUGAUAACAACUUCCACUUCGCAAAAGCCAUCUCUCUUCCAGUUCCAUCUCCUCCUCAGCUCCUCUACACUUGUCUCCCCACUGAUCUCCCAUUGGCCUUUGCUCCCUCACACGACCCAGACUUGCACACCCGAUCAUGACGUUCUGCGCGUUAUAAACACAGCUCGGUUCUUCGAUAUCCAUGGGGUCAUGGCCCCCUCGACAAGCCAGGAGGACGACGGGCCGUCUCCGAACAUGGUCCCACCUGACGCUGAUGUUGCUGCACCUGACGAUCUCCGAUCACAGUCGCGAUCGCCUCACCCAUAUCGCCGCAACGGCUCCGUCCACCACCGCACGCGAACGUCCAGUGACAGCGGUACUGAGGCCGACGAUGAAAGCACAGGCUUAUUAAAAGGACUGCCAGCGCCGCCGCUUCGAUCACGAAGGGGUGCACGGCCGGCUUGGAACGGCGUUGGUGAUCAUGACUUGUGGCUGCCUGGAUUACAACGCUGGCCGUCCAUGGCCAGGUCAACUUCGCGGAGCUCGCGACGGAGCUCUAUUGGUGACAAUGAGGCUGAAUUAACAGAGAUGAGGAAUAAAAUGAAGAAUAAAAAACGCGUUGGGGUUAUUCGGAGGGCUUUCGAGGCCGCCUUGCUACUCUCCGUGGGCGGCGUGGUUUUGGGCCAGCAGAGCGCAAGAUCGCUCGCGUGGGCUUGGAAGAAAGAACUCAUGACCUAUUCCCUUACUGUCGUCGGUGUCUACGCGAUAUAUCCUCUAAACCGGCAUGGACGUCUACGACUCUCUAGGUUCUUGUCCUUCGAUAUCCCGUAUAGCUUCGACCCAGCUCCGCUUUUAUACCCCAUCCUAAUUCCAGUUUACGUUUCCUUGUCGUUAUCGGAUCAUAAACCGUCGUUGGUACUGCCAAAUAUACUUCUGGCUCUCGCCUCAAUCCCCCCUGCAGCCAUUCCUAUGCAUGACCUAGUGCAUGGGCAAAAUGUGAUGCACUGGCUCCUCACCUUACUCCCGCUCCUUGCCUCAGAGAAACUGUCCUGGGGCAGUAUUCGCCCAUCACCUCUUUCUCUCCGUGGUUUCAAUCCUGAAGUUUUGACUCUUGUUUUUCCUUUGCACCAAGCAUUGAUACCCACUCUAGAUUUCCUUUUGUCUACCAGCAUUCUUCCAGCGGAACUUCAGCUUCUGACGACUGCUCUUAUUAAUUUGUUUUUGUUCGCCACUUCCCCACAUGCGGAAAUUCUCAAAGCGCUGCUAUGGCUAGGCAGCCUGUGUAUUUUUAUCUCGUGCCGCCAAGUUCUUCACUGGGAGGUCGCCUUAGCCAGGAUACCGACUUGGAAGUUUCGACGGUCUCCCAGCGCCUCCAAUUCGCCCAAAAAUAUUUUGAAUCUGCUGGAUCACAGAAUCUGCCAGAAGCUGAGCCGAGCUGGUUCCUCUGAAGACGCUCUGUCAGAUAGCGACUCUCCCGAUAGCCAUGUGACAUCUGCCUCGCGUCGGACACCAUACGACCACCGAGAAAAGUCCUCACAAGAGAGUCCCACAGAAAAUGGUACUGUGGAAGACCCAACCCAACGACAGGCAUCCCCCAGUUUCGAAGAGGCCUUACGCUCAGCAAAGGCCAGAACUACUCCAAGAGGCCGUCGGAAGAGAUCAUUAGCGCCAGACCUGACGUCUUUUUUAUCCAUGACGGUUCCGCAGGUUCAAGUCCGCAAAUGGAUCUAUGGCUUUUACGUCUACCUAGCGGUUCUAGCUAUUAUCCUAGGACCUGUGCGGAAGUACGUAAGCGAACGGGCGUUACAGGGAGAAGAGCCUUUUGGGUGGGCACUGGGAUACUUGCUCGGGAACAUUUCCUGGUUCAGGUUUUGGGUUAUCACCUCGAGCCUGGAGGACUGGAUAUCCAUUCCUUCUCGAUUGGAUAGCAGCUUAUCGAGCGCGUUCUGCCAUCUUGGACGUGCAGAACAUCUCCGCCACGGCACCUUUGGAGAAGCCAACACCCGUCUUAUGAUGAUUGCUUAUUGCUUGACUGUCCUUGUGACAGGCAUUGCAGUUGUCAUCCGGCUGGGCACCUUCGCAGAGGUUGACACUAGGCGCAAAGUAUUCCAUGGAACAAUGGUGUUGAUGUUCUUACCAACAAUAUACAUUGACCCCGGAUUCUGCGCCCUUGCUCUGGCCCUGGUCUUGGCUAUAUUCCUGCUUCUAGAUCUCUUCCGGGCGUCGCAGCUUCCACCUAUAUCGCGACCCUUGACGAACUUUCUUGAGCCGUAUGUGGAUGGCCGAGACUACCGAGGCCCGGUCAUCGUUUCACACAUAUUUCUCCUCAUAGGGAGUGCCAUUCCCCUUUGGCUCGCUCUGGCCGACGUUCCCCGAGCCGGAGAGCACCCGUGGAAAUUCUGGGAUGUUCAGGGUCGAGAUGUGAGCAUGCUCAGUGGAGUCAUCUGUGUUGGCCUAGGAGACGCAGCAGCUUCACUCGUUGGGCGCCGUUUUGGCCGACACAAGUGGUUCUGGGGCGGGGGCAAAUCUGUCGAGGGUAGUGUAGCCUUCGCAAUCGCGGUAACUGCCGGCUCAAUGUUCGCACAAGCAUGGCUUGCGCUUGGGCAAUGGCCAGUGAGCGGGCAGGACGGACCGAAGCACUUCUCAUGGCCCUUGGCGGUGGUCAAGGCAGCUUUAGCGGCCGGUGGAGCUAGUGCAACUGAAGCAGUGCUGACCGGGUGUAAUGACAAUGUGGUCGUCCCCAUUGUGCUGUGGCUACUAGUGCGAGGACUAGGAUUUUGAAUGCUAGAUGAUGAUGAGAUCUAGAGUAUAGUAUUUAUAGACAUACGAUUUGUCUCCGGCAUACACAUGAACAGACACUUACGGGUCUGGAAAAUUUAAGCAGAAUCACGAUAUACCUAUCAUAGUGGUCUAAUUAGCCAAUUUCAAUGAAUUUAUUAAAUACCCCCCUUCAUCUUUUCAACCACUGAACAAACCUAGCCUCAGCUACACCUGAUCUAUUUCAUUAUCCCCAGCUUCGUGCGCACUCAGUCCAAUCUUCCUCGCUACGAAGUACGUCGGCACCACGGCGAGCCCCCAUAGACCAAAAUUAACCCCCAACGCAGCGAUGAGCGGUGCAGAAGUGGAGCUAAUCCCAGCUGCCACAGCACCACCAGCAGCCUCAACAGCCCGAACAGUCGAAGUCAGCCGAAUGAUC